UUCUGUAUGUGUCUAAGUUUAUACGGGGUUAAGAAGGAUUGUGAUGUUAUCUUGUUGAAGAAAUACGCUCCUCCAAGUUUUCACAUACGUCAUGUUGAAUUAGGCCAAGAGGAAGUGGUUUUGACUUCCCUUUUUGAAAGCUAAAAUAGGCAAGGUUUUCAAGCAUUUUAUCCUUUAAAAUCGCCCAGGAAAUGUAUAAGGUAACAAUAAAAUUGUCAAAGGAACCACAUUAUUUUCUGGAAGCUUGGACAAUGGAGAGAACAAGGGAGCUUUUAGGGGGAGGGGCCCAUUUUUUAAAAUUUAGGGUAUUAAUGUUUAUAUUAUUUUUUUCGGAAAACGAUGUUGCAAUGGUGCCCCAAAGGUGAUUUUCAUGAUCAUAUCUGAUAUUACAAUUGCAAAAUGACUGUACACAGUCCACGUACGUAAGGAGUAUUUUAUUGAGUAAUUUUUACUCUCCAAAUGGAAAUAAGUAAAAAUGAAAUUGCCGGUGCAGAGUCUUGUCCAGCGCUCUGAAUUAUAUAGCCUUAUUAACAGAGAAAAAUACCAUUGCGAAAUGUUAACAUUUUAGGGGAUUUCCGAGGGAACAAAAAUAGCCAUGGCAAUAAACACCUUCUGAUCGUGGCGGCAACCAGACUAAUAGUCUGAUGCCGGACAUCCUUUACGAGUAAUUGUAGUUGUCCGUUACCAGACUUAGUCUGGCGCGCGGUGUGAGCGAUCGCGCUCAGCCAUUCCACUUUAACGUGCCGUGUGAAACGGGAUCCAUUCAGUCUAUUUGAUAAAUGUCAAAUGUCAAAAUGGAGUAAUUGCAGAGUAGCCUGCCACGCGAAAAUACUCCCUAAAAAUCUAUGGCUGCGUAGUCCAGUGGUGGUUGUUCAACUUCAGGGUUAUCCUUGCUGCGUCGAGAGUUGUAUCUGAGGAUCUUACUCGGCAGCAUGUCCAAAAGGCCACUGAUGGUACAGGACCCUUAUCGUGAAGUCGAACUUGCAAUGCCGGUUCAAGUUCAAGACAAUGAAGAUUAUUUUCAAGAUAUUCAUCGUUCACUUCGAAGUAAUGGAAAUCCUCAACAUGUACACCCACCCAUCCGGCCUGGGGUCAGUCUGAUAAAUACUUCAGUCUCUCAGAUGAUAAGAAAUGCCAACAGAAUUCGAGUCUGCGCCGUGACGGUGGUCAACCACACCCGCUGGAGGCUGGAGAGUGCUGGGGUCUUCGUGGGAGGCGGCAAUGUGUUGCUGCCACAACAACCUGUUGAGCCACAAACUGCUGAAGCCUUUGUAGCUCAGAAGACGGCUAGCACUGCAACGGGCACGUAUGGCACGGCGUCGUACUUGGUUCAGGGCUCACCGGACCACCCUCUGUUCAUUAAUGUUAUGUGGUCAAUCGCCUUUGACCGGAACAUCUUUAAAAAUCGCCUCGGAGUGGAAGUCGGUCAUCAGUAUAACCGAGACGAUUUUCAGCGCUUGUAUAGCCCCCUUGGUAGGCGGGCCGAUUCCGAAACCCGUGUUUUUAGCACACGUGAUGGCCUUGUUCCUAUCCGGAUCGAAAAGAACCAUUUGUUAGUCACUGGCAAUUUGGGCAACGACUCUAAAACAGAAGCUAUCAUUCAUGUGUACGAGAAUUGGGCAUAACAGAAAGUUGUUCAUGUUGCGAAUAGGUUUGGGGGGGUUAUGAUUUGAACGUGGGCGCCCAGAUUCAUUGUUUAUAUAAAACCAAACCAAACAUGUACACCUUGUUUAUACUUAAGUAUUGUGGCAUAUUUAAAGGACAGUUACUGUUCCUGUAAGUUUUUUCAAUGUUAAAUGGACGGUGUUACAGUAGCAUGGCUAGGAUUUUACUAGGGGCACAAGGGGCACCAGCAUCUUAUAGGGGGGGAGCAGUGGUGUGUUUUCAGGGGGCAAGCUUUUGCUAGCCUUGUUCGAUAUCCAUUCAUCCAUUGACUUGAUUUUUAUCUCGUUUUCUUAGCCGGGGGGCACUGGGAAUUUGUGCGGGUGGGGGCAUAUGCCUCCAUCCCCCUGUAGCUAAGCCCUACGGUAUUACAGCAAUAGCAGCUGUUACAUUUUCCACGUUUUUUUUCAGGAUAUCCAAAGGAAUUUUCUUCCAAUACGGGCGUUUCACAAUAGUACGCCGCUAAGAGUUUGCAGUGCAUCGACCAAUCACGAUAAGCGAAAUCUGCAGACCCUUUCCGAACGGAAGACACUGUUCGAGAACCACCAAAAUGACAUCGUCACUAUGCACACUAUAGUGACUCACCGGUCAAACAAUAAAGCACGCGCGCUAUUCAAGAAAUAUCCUACAACGAUGGCAUUUUGGUGGUCCUCGAACAGUGCCUUCCUUUCAAAACGCACAUUGGGUCAACAAAUUUUGUGCAUACUCUUGGAGGCGCACUCUUGCGAAUUGCCCAUAUUAGAUUGAGUGCGGUGUGUUUCUACGAUGCUUUUUGUCACGGAGAAUAAUUAUCCUUUUCGUUUUGAGAGAUCGGGAUAUGUCAGCCGUACCUUGCACUUACGAUGUGUUAUCCAAAAGACAAAAAUAUUGUGCCGAAACGGGGACAAGGUUUUGAAUGCCUCUUUGAAUUCCAUGGCGGCUUUGCUAUAUUCAGUCUAUUUAUUUACCUGUUUUCUCUUCAUAUUGCAAAACCAUUCAAUUUAUGAAAAAUUUCAAGUCCCAGUGGACAAUUUGAAAAAGUUAAUUUUGAAAAUACGUGCAUAUGAGAAUGAACAUUACACAUAAACAGAAACAGCGACAAAAUUACAACAUACAUUAAAAUCGUGCUUCUAAAACUAUUAAGCUAGUAUAAAAAAGGAUUAUUUUUAAAGGAUAAAUAACAUAAAAAGCAGUGUGAAAACAAUUUAUCCCAUGCAGUACGAUCAGUUCACAAUAGUGAGCCUCCAAGAGUUUGCAACGUGUUGACCAAUCGCAGUGCGCAAAAUCUGUCGACCCUUUCCAAACGCACAUUGGGUUGACAGAUUGGGGCGCGCACUGUGAUUGGUCGUUAUCGUGAAUCACCCGUAUUCUGAAAUAUUAGUAGGUACAGGAAUACAUUACGAUAAACGUAGACUGGCAAAACUUACCUUGGACGAAAAUCACACAAUGACAGUAAAAACUGCACUGUCAUAGCCCCCCUCCAAGAAAAAAUACAAGAGAGUAAGAUUGUAUCCAAUAUACAAGCCUUAAUCGAAUUGGUCACCUGUUACAAGUUUUAACCAGUUGUCAUGCCAACCAAUCAAUGCAAUUUAGUUGGACUAAAAUUGGGGAAAAUUACCAGACUGUUUUAGAUAUAUCAGAUUUUGUACUUAUUCGGUCCAAAUGCAUUUUUUGUAAAUAUGAACAUCUUUAAUUAUAUAUUUUAUUUUCAUAUUACAAAUUUGGUUUUUAAAUUUACAAAAUAUUCUGCUCUAUAAAAGUGAUGUCGAUUUGGAUAGAAUCUUUUGAAGUUACAAAAUGACAGCCACCAGAUAGCAAUCGUUUAUAUAUACAGUUCUUCAUCGUUUAACUCCAAGAUAUAUAUAUACACCGAAUUUUAACGUUGCUUUGUUUCAUAUAAUGUUGUUGCUGUUUUAGUUUUAAUGGCGCUUUCAGCAACUCGGGCUAUUUACGCCAAUAACUGUAUGCUUAUUCAUGCACUUUAUUAAUCAGCUUGUUUCAUACAAUUCAGCUUGUAUAACUUUUAUACGAGAAAGUCAUACCGUUUGUGUUGUAUCCAGUAAGCCUAAUCGGUGUCGUUUAUUGGUUUUCAUGUCGGAAAGAAAAUAUCAGUUGCCAUUCCAAUUGUGAUCAAAGACCAGGGACUCAACGGCCCCUUAACCGAUCAUGUAUAUUCUAAGGCCAUUUUUUUUGAGAUGCAUGUCAUUAAGGGCACCCAGAAUUCUUGUCAAAAGGCCUUUUUUUCCCAUUUACAAUUUUACACAACACAGUACGGAGUCAUCUUUAAUUUCCUGAUGUAAACACGCUCAAGGUCAUAAUGUACCAGUAUCAAAUAAAAUUACAAAUGUUAGUUUCCAAUGAUGGAUUUGCAA